UUCUUUUCUUGUUUCUAGGAGCAAAAUAAUUAUCAUGAGCCAAGUCAGCAAGCAGACAAUAUCACGAAGUUCUGGAACACUGGAGAACAGCAGUGUAAAGAUACACAGAUGUCACUAUUCUUACCUUUACCUACUGUCACCCCUCAGGUCAGUGACAAUAGAGAAAUGUCGUAACUCAACCAUCAUCCUGGGACCAGUAGAGACAACCGUCUAUCUAAGUCACUGUGAGAAAGUCACACUUAUCGCUCCCUGUCACUUCCUCAUGAUAAGUGGAAGCACACUUUGCAACCUGCACUUGAUGACCCCCAGCAGGCCGAUGCUCCUUGGGGGCAAUGACACUAUCCUCCUUGCCCCUUACCACACCCACUACCCUUGCCUGGAGGAUCAUCUAACCACAGCAGGGCUGUGUGCUGACAGAAACCUAUGGGACCAGCCAUUAUGUGUGGGACCUGAGCACAAAGAUGAGACGCCGGUGUGGGAACUGUUGCCUGUCCAAGAAUUUUUCACUUUUAACAUUCCCUUUCAAAUGGAGGGCACCACAAUGGACAUUCCUGGUGGCCUGCCUACCAAGUACCAGAAAGCGGUCACUCAGCGCCAGAAGAUGAUAGAUAGCUGGCAGAAAACAGUGAAAGAGGCAGGAUUAAGCCGUGAACAACGCAAAGAGUUUCAAGCUUUAGUAGAAACCAGAUUCCAUGUGUGGCUAGCAGAAACGGGUUACAAGCGGGAACUCGAUAGUCUGGUGGCUCCUCUUCACUCUAACAAGUCAGCACAGCCUGGGGGAGUCAAAUGACUUACACAAGUUGUGUCCAGUGACAGAGGAGAGGUGUCCAGUAGCGUAGGAAAGAGCUGGAAACCAUUGGUCAUUACUGUUCUAGUUAUAAUAAUGUACAUCAAAGAUAAUGUGUCUUGGCCAAACAUAGUUUUGUGCGUUAAGUCGAGUAGUCACGAUUAUGAGGCAAUGACAAAAGGAAUUUUAAAAGACUUUUAAGAAAAUGUAAAGAAUUUCAUUGGUCAAUCACUUUGUGCUGAUUUUCUUCUUUGUUUUGAUCCUAGACAGUUAAUAUCAAUCCACAUUCAACUACAAUGUUUCCUAUGUUUUUAAAUUAAAUUUUCAAAAUUGUUCUACAAAGUAAAAUGAGCCAUAAGCCAUAUAGGCUACCUGUCUUUAGAAACACAAGUCUACUGGAAUCAAAUUUCUACUGAAAACACCUGUCUUUAGAAACACCUGUCUACAGAAAACACCUGUAUAUACAAACACCUGUCUACAGAAAACACACAUCUAUACAAACACCUGUCUACAGAAAACACACGCCUAUACAAACACCUGUCUACAGAAAACACACGCCUAUACAAACACCUGCCUUUUGAAUUUGAACAUUAGGCAACUCUAUCUGUAAAUUUAAAGUUCAUGUUUCAAUAUUUCUAAUGAAGUAUUUGUACAGUGUGGAUCAAUGACUCAGAUGAAGAAUUUUUGAAUCUAGCGCUACCAUAAUCCGUCCAUUGUUUGAGAAUAUUUACAAUUUCAUUGCAUAUUUAUGUAUAUACAUUUAUCACAUAAUGUUCUGUGUUAUCCAGUGGAUAUUUGUUUGCAUAUUAACCCAUGUUAUAU